GUUUGGUCAAAUGGAGGCUGAAGCUGGUUAAUUACAUAAGGUCAUGACUGAGCACAAUCAUUAACCCUAUUAUGAUUCUCGUUAGGCAAGAAUCAAGCCUAAUGUGGCUCGAUUUAGACCACUGUCCCUAGCUGCAUAACAUGGUCCCUAUAAAAUACUAUGUACAUUGUGGUAAAGUAACCAAACAAUACAUGGAUAUUGACCAUUGAGCGACAAGUUUCUUUCAGAAUCAAGAUUUCUUAGUGCUUUUUUUUUUUUUUUUGUUUUCUGGGGAGACGUCCGACAUGGGCAAGUUCAAGAAGGUUUGCGUCUUCUGCGGAAGUAAUUCAGGGUACAGAAAGAUAUUCAGCGAUGCAGCCCUUGAUCUUGGAAAAGAAUUGGUGCAAAGAAAGGUAGACCUAAUCUACGGAGGAGGGAGCAUUGGUCUGAUGGGAUUGGUUUCCCAAACAGUAUAUGAUGGUGGAUGCAAUGUUCUAGGAGUGAUUCCAAAGGCUCUCGUUUCGGUAGAGAUAUCAGGCGAGGCAGUUGGAGAAGUGACCAUAGUUUCUGACAUGCAUGAAAGGAAAGCUGAAAUGGCUCGUAGGGCCGAUGCUUUCAUAGCUCUUCCUGGAGGGUACGGAACAAUGGAGGAGCUGCUUGAGAUAAUAUCAUGGUCGCAGCUUGGAAUUCAUGAUAAACCGGUACGCAUGUUUCAUGUUCCAACACUUUGGCAUCAUUCUUGAGGGCCAUUUUGAGCUAAUAUUUCUGCUAAUCUUUCAUUUGAGAUUAAUGAUUAAUUGGAGGCUGAAGCUGGUUAAUUACAUAAGGUCAUGACUGAGCACAAUCAUUAACCCUAUUAUGAUUCUCGUUAGGCAAGAAUCAAGCCUAAUGUGGCUCGAUUUAGACCACUGUCCCUAGCUGCAUAACAUGGUCCCUAUAAAAUACUAUGUACAUUGUGGUAAAGUAACCAAACAAUACAUGGAUAUUGACCAUUGAGCGACAAGUUUCUUUCAGAAUCAAG